ACCGUUUCCAUAACAUACAACAAAGCUAAACUGCGUCCGAUCUUUUGGUCACUUCUUUGGGCAACGAUUCUUUCUUGUGUUUCCUCCGAUCGCUUCCACCAGAUCUCCGCCUGUUUUACCACCAAUCAAAACCCUAAAUCGCAGGCGCCACCGUCACCGGCACUCUCACUGCCUCAUAAACCCUAACGAUCUACUCACAAUCUAGACUUCAAAAGAGGACAACUGAUUGUUAGUAGAUUUGGAGUUAGUUAGGAGAGGAGGGGAGAUGACUAGGUUUCAUGUGAAUGGGAAAGUGGUUGAUACUGUUGAUUUGCUGAAGAAGAGGAGAUUGCUGUGGCGAUUGGAUACGUGGCCGUUUGCGAUACUGUAUGCGGCGUGGUUGGUUGUUGUUUUACCGAGUUUGGAAUUCCUUGAUGCGUUUAUAAUUUAUGGUGGUCUGGUUGCUGUCCACACAUUGGUGUUUCUGUUUACAGUGUGGUCGGUGGAUUUUAAAUGCUUCGUUCAGUAUUCAAAGGUUAAAGAUAUUCAGCAUGCCAAUGCAUGCAAAAUCACUCCAGCCAAAUUUUGUGGCUCUAAAGAAGUAAUACCACUACAUUUCCGGAAGUUGGCAGGCUCUUCGACAGAUGAGAUAUACUUUGAUUUCCGAAAGCAGUGUUUCAUUUAUUCAAAUGAGAAAAAAACUUUCUGCAAGCUUCCUUACCCCUCCAAGGAAACUUUCGGCUACUAUCUCAAAAGCACUGGGCAUGGCACGGAGGCUAAAGUUCAAGUUGCUGCUGAGAAGUGGGGUCGCAAUGUAUUUGAGUAUCCACAGCCAACGUUUCAGAAAUUGAUGAAAGAGAACUGCAUGGAGCCUUUCUUUGUCUUUCAGGUCUUUUGUGUGGGACUUUGGUGUCUAGAUGAAUACUGGUAUUAUAGCCUGUUCACCCUCUUUAUGCUGUUUAUGUUUGAGUCAACAAUGGCCAAAAGUCGGUUAAAAACUUUAUCAGAGCUAAGACGUGUUAGAGUAGAUAACCAGAUGCUAAUGGUCUAUCGUUGUGGCAAGUGGACGAAGAUAGCAGGGACUGAUCUUCUGCCUGGUGAUGUUGUGUCAGUCGGUCGCGCUGCUGGUCAAGAUGGAGAGGAAAAAUCUGUCCCCGCAGAUAUGCUUAUUCUCGCAGGAACUGCUAUUGUAAACGAGGCUAUCCUUACCGGCGAGUCAACGCCCCAAUGGAAGGUAUCAAUCAUGGGCAGAGGACCAGACGAGCGUCUGUCUUCUAAACGGGAUAAAAACCAUAUUCUUUUUGGUGGAACAAAGAUAUUGCAGCAUACUCCUGAUAAGACCUUUCAUAUGAAAACUCCUGAUGGUGGCUGUUUAGCAAUUGUCUUACGAACUGGAUUUGAAACAACACAAGGGAAACUAAUGCGUACCAUUUUGUUUUCAACAGAGAGGGUUACUGCCAACAGUUGGGAGAGUGGACUUUUUAUUUUGUUUUUAGUUGUUUUUGCCAUCAUAGCAGCCGGUUACGUGCUUAAAAAGGGGCUUGAGGACCCAAACAGGAGUAGAUACAAGCUUCUUUUGAGCUGCUCUCUAAUUAUAACUUCAGUGAUCCCCCCUGAGCUGCCAAUGGAGUUGUCUAUAGCUGUUAAUACAUCUUUGAUCGCACUAGCACGUCGUGGUAUAUUUUGUACAGAACCUUUCCGUAUACCAUUUGCUGGGAAGGUUGAUAUAUGCUGUUUCGACAAGACAGGAACACUGACAUCCGAUGACAUGGAAUUCUCUGGAGUUGGUGGGUUGAGUGAUGAUAUUGAUUUAGAAACCGAUGCUAAAAAAGUGCCAACUCGCACUUUGGAGAUUCUUGCUUCUUGCCAUGCACUAGUUUUUGUGGACAACAAGCUGGUUGGUGAUCCUCUUGAGAAGGCUGCAAUAAAGGGGAUAGAGUGGACUUAUAAAUCCGACGAGAAGGCCAUGCCUAAGAAGGGAGGUGGCAGUUCCGUUCAAAUUGUUCAGAGACAUCACUUUGCAUCCCACUUGAAAAGAAUGGCAGUUGUGGUUCGUACAGAAGAGCAAUUUUAUGCAUUUGUAAAGGGUGCACCAGAAACCAUCCAAGAAAGAUUAAAUGAUAUACCUGCAUUUUUUGUAAGCACCUACAAGAGAUACACACGUCAAGGAUCCCGUGUUCUAGCUUUAGCCUAUAAACCUCUUCCUGAUAUGACGGUAAGUGAAGCUAGAAACUUGGACAGGGAAGUAGUGGAAACUGGGCUCACCUUUGCUGGUUUUGCGGUAUUUAAUUGCCCAAUCAGAGGAGAUUCUGCCUCCGUCUUGCUUGAAUUGAAAAAGUCGUCACAUGACUUGGUGAUGAUCACUGGUGAUCAAGCAUUGACGGCUUGCCAUGUUGCGCGUCAAGUUAAUAUAAUAUCGAAACCAGCAUUAAUUCUUGGCCCGACAAAGAAUAAGCAACAGUUUGAGUGGGUUUCACCUGACGAAAAAGAGAUCGUGACCUACAGUGAAGAAAUGGUUGAGGCUUUAGCUGAGGGUCAUGAUCUUUGUAUCGGAGGUGAUUGCUUUGAAAUGUUGCUGCAGACCUCUGCUGUUGUCAGUGUGAUUCCAUAUGUUAAGGUGUUUGCAAGGGUGGCGCCAGAACAAAAAGAACUCAUAAUGACCACCCUUAAAUCAUCUGGCAGGAUAACAUUGAUGUGUGGUGACGGCACUAACGACGUUGGAGCUUUGAAGCAGGCACAUGUAGGGGUAGCGUUACUGAAUGCCAUACCGCCACCAGCUUCUGGGGAUAAGCCAUCGUCAGAAACAAAGCCCUCGUCAGAAGCAAAGCCCGCUAAGCCGAAGAAGCCCAAGUCUGCCACUGAACCAAGUUCAAGCAGUGUCACACCUGCCGUCAAUAACCGCCAUCUCACGCCAGCGGAGGUUCAAAGGCAGAAGUUAAAGAAGAUGAUGGAUGAGUUAAACGAAGGAGAUGAUGGCCGGUCAGCUCCUAUAGUCAAACUCGGUGAUGCAUCAAUGGCGUCACCUUUCACCGCCAAACAUGCGUCAGUCUCCCCAACUAUCGACAUUAUCCGCCAGGGUCGUAGCACGCUGGUGACCACCCUGCAAAUGUUCAAGAUUCUUGGACUUAACUGCCUUGCAACUGCUUACGUCUUGAGUGUCAUGUACUUGGAUGGUGUUAAACUAGGAGAUGUUCAGGCCACAAUUAGCGGCGUAUUCACUGCCGCGUUUUUCCUCUUCAUCUCACAUGCCCGCCCACUGCCGACACUCUCCGCCGAGCGGCCCCACCCUAACAUCUUCUGUUAUUACGUCUUCUUGUCUCUACUCGGUCAGUUUGCUGUCCAUAUCCUUUUCUUAAUUUCAUCAGUGAAAGAAGCAGAGAAGCACAUGCCAGAUGAAUGCAUCGAACCGGAUUCCGAAUUCGAGAGUAAUCUUGUCAACACCGUGUCCUACAUGGUCAGUAUGAUGAUCCAAGUGGCUACCUUUGCGGUCAACUACAUGGGUCACCCGUUUAACCAGAGUAUAUCAGAAAACAAGCCGUUUAAGAUUGCACUUUUCGGUGCGGUUGUAUUCUUCACCGUGAUCACAUCUGAUCUGUUUCGGGAUUUAAACGACUGGCUGAAACUAGUGCCUUUGCCAAGGGAAUUGCGCGACAAGCUUCUGAUAUGGGCGGCGUUGAUGUUCUUGGGGUGCUACACGUGGGAAAGGUUCUUGAGGUGGGCUUUUCCUGGUAAAAUGCCGACUAUCAAAAAGUCAAAGUCAGUAGAUGGUAGCAAGAAGAAGUCCGAGUGAGGUAUUUUUACACAGAUUUUGGUUUUGGCAGAAGAUAUGAUAACAUUUUGGAUCUUUCUCUCUGUAGUUUUAAGUUGGUUAUUUAUACGACGAAAGCCACUGACUUUUGGUUCCCCAUUUUUUGUUUGAUUAGUUGCUUGUUUGUCAAGGGAUUAAAAGUCGUUAGCUUUUUACCUUGGACUAAUCACAAUGAUACUUAACAUUAUGAAGACCAAAGACGUUAGUUAUGGUUACUUAUUAAAUCCAUGUCAUAUUUUUAUCGUUAA